UAGAUCACAGUGUUUAUAUGGGAGCUCUUCCCCGGCUAAAAUCAAACACAGGGGAUCUGUCGUGACCUCCGUGGAUACAUCCUACAGCCUGUAUUGCUGGGGCAUUCUGUGACUCAACGUUUAUGCCUUUUAGGGUUAAAUCCUCUCCCGGUGGUUCUGCGUGCAGUGCUGUGAUGCAAAUGGAGCAUCCCGCCGGGGCUGCUGGUGCCCGGGGCUGUGUGUUCCUGUCAGCAGAGUGCGGGAGGCUGGCUGUGUGUUCCACCCCACGAAACAAAACCCUGUCAGCCUUGGGGAUUGAUCUAAAGUGUGUUCAGCGCUAUUAUCUUAUGGUUUGGUUCCAUCUUUCCUCACUCCACGAGGCAAUCAAACACCUGCAGCUCAGUCCCAGCUCAAUUUCCACCUGCAUCCCGAGUUUGGGAUGUGCAGAGACGGGCAGGGCAGAAGUUAACCCACUUUCCUCUCUUUUGUGUCAGCAUCUCUGCUCCUUUUGGAGAGAGGGGCUGCUUCUCCAGAGAAUGACAGUGGUAGCCUCAGAGAACCCCAGUUUUGGGAACAACAGGCCAACAACUGAGCCAAGCUCAUGUUUUUUCCACCCAAAUAUGUGUCAAUGGCAGAGCUGCAGCCUGUUGCUGGGGUUUCUAACCCCCGUCAGUCCUCCCAAUCCUAAAUACAGUUGUUGCCAUGGCUACCCUUCUUUAUUUUGAGAAGACACUCACUUGUCCAACAAUUUUAACAAAGGCAAGGCUUCUUUUUGGGUUUGGCUGCCGGGAGAAGCCUGGCAAGUGGCGGAUGGGAGCGAUGCUCAUGGGAGUCUCGCAGUACAGAGGUGUCUGGCACACGGGGCCGUGGCUCUGGUGCUGUGUCUGCUCCCUGCAGGGCUCUGGGGACAAACCUGGGGCUCUGGGCUCUGUCCCUGCACUUGUUGCAUGACUUUAAUUCCUGUGUCUUCUUCUGCACCUGGUCCUGCCUUUUCAGCAGGGGAUUUCAUUGUUUUGGCAGCUCCUUUGGCAGCAGGUGACGGUGCUUUAGAGCCGAGUCCUGGCUGGAUUCCAGCCCGGAUUUAGACACUGACCACCCUCCAUUCUCUCUUGUAAAAGCAAAUUGUUAAAGAUUUCCUGGCUCCCUGGCCUCCGAACUGUGCGGUGCCAGUUUGGUCUUUUGAGUUGUUGCUGUGUCUCACCACAGAGAUGAGGAUAGAGUCAGAGAAUUUGGAUUAUCCUGAGCUGGAAGGGACCCACUGGGAUCAUCAAAGUCCAACUCCUGGCCCUGGACACCCCCAAGAGUUGAGACACUGCUGUGUGCAGUGCUGACUCCCUGCUCUGUGUAAAGCUGAACCCACUUGCUCUGGGCUCUGGGGACCUGCAGGAAUGGCAGGAGAGAUUAAAACUUUCUUUUCAAGUCAUUAGAGGUUGCUUCAGUUUAUCUGACUUUUAAAAACAGGGUCAGGGAGAGCCAGAUUUUGUGUUGUAAAAUCCUGAAUGAACAGCCAGUGAUCCGGAGCUGUCCCUGAAGCCUCCCCUGCUCCAGGUUGGCCUCGUCAGGAUCUGUGGCUGUGGGUGUUAGCACAGCCCAUUGCUACAGAUGCUUCCCAUUGGUGGUGGGAAGCUCCCAUCACAUCAAAGCCUUGCCCUCAGGAGCUCUGCUAGAUAAGAAUGCAAGAAAGUCAGAUGUGAGAAAGUCAGAAAGUGAGUGCCCAGGGCUCCCAAAUCCUCUGGGAAGUGGCUGAUGUUCUCAAGCUGACAAUUCCUUUGGACAAGGCUUUCUAGCAUGGAGUGGAGAAGCACACACGACCCACAGCGUGCUCAGCUGGGGAAGCCCUCAGGGUGACAUCUGAGCAGUCUGCUGGGAAAAGUGUUCCUAAAAAUAAAGCUGUCAUGGAGGAGACACUUGGACAGCUGCAGAGAUAUCCUUCCAGGUUGGAACCACUGCUGGAAUGCUUUGGACAAUAUCAAAGUCCGAGUGGAGUGGCCCAGCCCAGGGGAAGCAUCUUCAUCACUGGGAUGUUAACAAAGAUAAGGAAGGAGAUAGCCUGGCUCAGCCGUGGCACUGCCCCUUCCUGCCUCUUGAGGGAGGUCAGAAGGGACAGAGGAAUUUGCUGCUCCAGCAUGACCUGAGAGGGGCUGGCAGGCUCCACAGACCCACUUGGAGUGAGAGCAUGAGGCACCUGGGGCUCCUUCAAGAUUUCAGCAGGGAAUGGAUCAGCACUGGUUUCAUGCACGCAGACAUCUCCCCACUCGGUUCAUUUUCCUGGACACCGUGUGUUACAGCACGAUUUGCCCCCAAAGGUCUUGGCUCUGCUGGGAUCUGGGCUCUGGAAGGUUUCUUUCAUCACCUCUCCCUCUGAGUGCUGCCCAGUGCCAUCCUGGCCCACCUGAGGGAUGAGGAGCCUGUUGGAGCUGAGCGUGGUGGCACUCACACAUCGGAGCGGAUUCAAGCCACCAUCCAUCAGGAGGCUCCUCUGACACUUCCAUUUGUCAGUGGUGUACGAGCACAGGUCCCGGCUGGAGCGGUCCCUGCAGAAGGAGCGAGGCGAGCACAAGAAGACAAAGGAAGAUUUUUUAGUGUACAAGUUAGAAGCUCAGGAAGCUCUCAACAAGGAGAAGCAAGACUCCAUGAACAGAUAUGGGGCCCUCAGUUCCCAGCACAAGAUCCUGAAGAACCAGCACGACGAUGUCAAGAAGCAGCUGCUGGACCUGCAGCUGCAGCACAACAGCCUGAAACUGGAACACCGCAAGAGCCUGGAGACCCACAGCCAGAAAUUUGCCCAGCUGCAGCAGGAGAAGGACAGCGAGGUCACCAACCUGCAGGACACGGUGUUUAAACUCAGAGAAGAGAGCAAGCUCCUCAGGAAGGCCCACCAGGAGGUUCACACCCAGCUCCUCAAUGCCCAGGCCCAGAUGGAAGAGUUCAGGCAGCUCAAGGAAGCUCUCCAGAAGAUGCCAGGCUUGAGAGGAGGAGGAGGAGGAGGAGGAGGAGGAGGUGGGAAGGGGCAGCAGCCCCUGUUGCCAGCCAGCAGCCAGCUGCAGCCGGGGAGGCAGAAGGCUUUCCAGGCCAUCCAGGAGAACCGUCCGGCCGGGAACGCGCUGCCCUCCGCGGCGCCCGGCGCUCAGCAGCCGGCGGGGCAGGGAUCCCACAGCCACGACGGCCCCAGGCCACAGCCACAGGUGCCCUUCACCCAGCCAGCCCCAGCACACGAUGCCAACUCGCUGCCAGAGGCCGUGCCAGCCUGGCCAGCGCGGCACGGGGACGGCCACGUGGUCAGGUUCACCCGCACCAUGAACAGCCUGCCCAACGGGAACCCAGACGUGAAGAUGGUGAUGCGCAUCCAGGUGCGAAGCCACGAGGAGAGCCAGGCUCCUGGGCUGUCCCUGGCCGACCCAAGACAGCCCUCUCCAGCAGAAAAACCUCCUAUGCUGGACAGCCACCACUCAGCAGGGAACAGACAGGUGCAAAUGCAAAGCUGGAAGGACCUCGUUAGCAAGGUGAACGCCCAGAUGGAUGAGGAACAAGCCCAUGGGUACCCCAAGAACCUUCACUUUGCCCCCAAGGCCGGACAGGAGGUGCAGAGGGGCAGCCCCCAGCCCCCCAGCCCGAGGAGAGGGCCAGAGCAGGGGGUAGAGAAGGAGAGAGCGGAUGAGGAGGAGCUGGAAAUGGAUGCAGGAGUGAUCGAGAGGGAGGAGAACGAGCACUCACAGAAAGAGGCUGUUGUCCAGGAGCCCAUGAUGCCAGAUGAUGCUGCAGAUCCUGCCCAGGACCCCAAUAACCAAGGUGAGGAUGAGUUUGAGGAGGCUGAGCUGGAGAGACCCGACUUUGAGGAGAAGGUGGGAGGCUCGGAGAAGUUCAAGGAGCCCAGCAUCAAAGAAGAGUCCAAGGAGAAGCCACCAAAGGAUGCUGGCAGACCUGCCAAGCCCAGGGAAGACCCAUUGGACGACUACCAAGAAGAUCAGGAGCAAGAAAUUGAGGAUCAUGGAGGUGAGGUGGAUGACAACGAUGACCUGGAGCUUGUCCAAGAGCGGAGGGACCGUGUGGGAAUGCAGGGAGCUGGUGGCAAGAAGGAUGGCUACUUCUGAAAGCUGCUGAAGGAAAACGGGGUACUGCAGGAACGAGGGGAUGGGAACUCCUCCUGGGAACUGGCUCCUGUAUUAAACACUGCCCAGAACAAAGGCAGGAGGAGGAAACUGUCUGCAGGCCCUUGCAGGGGGUUUGCAGACCAGAAUUCCAUCUCGGUGUGGGGCCGCCGCUGCCUCCCCGGGCGAUUGGGAGCGCUCUCAGACUGGGAAUGAUCUUAUCCUGCUGCUUUUCUUGGAAGCACUUUUUGAUUUACUGUGUUCUCCACCCUCUUGUUUUCACAUCCCCUUUCAAAGCUGGAGAGGGUUUCUUUGGUGGGUUUUGGGGGGUGUCUUUCACCCCCCUGGGUAGGGGAGGGGUGCCUGAGCUGGUCCCUGGACUCACUCGACUGAUCUCUAAUACAAAAGAAUCUGUCUUCAUAAA